AUGGAUCUACUUAGAGACACUGGACUCUUGGGAUGCAAACUCUCAUCUGUCCCCAUAGAUCCUCUUAAGAAGUUGCAACUGGACUCGGGCACUCCCUUGAGUGAUCCAUCAAAAUAUAGAAGACUUAUUGGGAGACUAUUGUACUUAUGCAUCACUAGGCCUCACGUCACAUUUGUUGUACAUAAGUUAAGCCAAUUCGUUUCCAAUCCAUGCACUGAUCAUUGGGAAGCAGCUGAAAAGAUCUUGAGAUAUUUAAAAGGUAGUCCAGGUCAUGGAUUGUUUUACUCAAGUAACAGCAAGCCAGUACUUAGCAUCUUCUCAGAUGUUGAUUGGGCUUCAUGCCCGGAUACUAGAAAGUCCAUGACCGGCUACUGUUUAUUCCUUGGAAAUUCCCUCAUAUCUUGGAAGGCAAAGAAACAUAAUACUAUAUCCAGGUCAUCAGCUGAAGCUGAAUAUAGAGCUAUGGCAUUGGCUACAUGUGAAGUGGUCUGGGCAACUGCACUACUUGAAGAUUUUGGAAUUAAAAGAGAAAAGGAUGUACCUCUGUACUGUGACAACCAAUCGGCUAUACACAUAUGCUCCAACCAUGUCUUUCAUAAAGGACAAAACACAUAG